CAGCCUCGGCGAGCCCCGCGCCGCCCGCCCGCCUCCCUCAGCCGCCGCUGCGCCCUGCGCCGGCCGCACCUCCCUCCUUCCCUCCCUCCCGGGCGCCUGCCCUGAUGCUGUGAGCCCGCGCGGCCCCAGACCCGGCCCCUUCCCGGCUGCGCCGCCAUCUCCGCGCCGCUCGGCGGCCAUUGGAGCCGCCCGCCUCGGGGGGUGAGGGCGAGCGCGCCAGCGCGGGAGGAGCAGCCCGGCCGCCGCCAUGGAGAGCCCCGGCGGCGUCAGCGACAAGAAAAGGAUUAGUUCAGAACGCAGAAAGGAAAAAUCAAGAGAUGCAGCCAGAUGUCGAAGAAGCAAGGAAUCAGAAGUGUUCUAUGAACUUGCUCAUCAGCUGCCUCUCCCACACACCGUGAGCGCACACCUCGACAAGGCCUCUAUUAUGAGACUGACCAUCAGCUACUUGCGAAUGAGGAAGCUGCUAGAUGCUGGUGAGCUGGAGACAGAAGCCAAAAUGGAGAAGGAGCUGAACUGUUUUUACUUAAAAGCUCUUGAUGGAUUUGUCAUGGUUCUCUCUGAAGAUGGGGACAUGAUUUACAUGUCUGAAAAUGUGAACAAGUGUAUGGGACUUACUCAGUUUGAGUUGACGGGGCACAGUGUGUUCGAUUUCACUCAUCCAUGUGACCAUGAAGAGCUGAGAGAAAUGCUUACGCACAGAAAUGGUCCUGUGAAAAAGGGCAAAGAGCAGAACACGGAGCGCAGCUUUUUUCUCAGAAUGAAGUGUACACUGACUAGCAGGGGAAGAACAGUGAAUAUUAAGUCUGCUACAUGGAAGGUACUCCACUGCACUGGACAUAUUCGUGUGUAUGACACAUGCAGUAAUCAGACUCACUGUGGCUACAAAAAGCCUCCCAUGACGUGUUUGGUGUUGAUCUGUGAACCUAUUCCUCAUCCAUCAAACAUUGAGGUCCCCUUGGACAGUAAAACGUUCCUCAGUCGUCACGGUCUUGAUAUGAAAUUUUCCUAUUGUGAUGAAAGAAUUACAGAGUUGAUGGGGUACGAGCCAGAGGAACUCCUGGGUCGUUCAAUUUAUGAGUACUAUCAUGCGCUGGAUUCUGAUCAUCUGACCAAAACGCACCAUGAUAUGUUCACAAAAGGGCAGGUGACAACAGGACAGUACAGAAUGCUUGCUAAACAAGGUGGCUAUGUUUGGGUUGAAACUCAAGCAACUGUUAUAUACAACACUAAGAAUUCUCAGCCACAGUGCAUAGUAUGCGUAAACUAUGUGUUGAGUGGAAUUGUCCAGAAAGAUCUGAUUUUUUCCCUUGGACAAACUGAGUGUAUGCUGAAACCAGUGGAGUCUCCUGAUAUGAAAAUGACCAAAAUAUUCAUCAAAGCUGAACUGGAUGAUACCAACAGCCUCUUUGAAAAACUUAAACAGGAACCAGAUGCUUUAACUGUGCUGGCCCCAGCUGCUGGGGACACAAUUAUCUCUUUAGAUUUCAGCAGCAAUGAGUCUGAUGAACAACAAUGUGAUGAAGUUCCUUUGUAUAAUGAUGUAAUGCUCCCCUCAUCCAGUGAGAAAUUGCAGAAUAUAAAUAUGGCAAUGUCUCCACUGCCUGCCUCUGAAACAACAAAGCCGCUUCGUAGCAGUGCUGAUCCUGCACUCAAUAGAGAAGUUGUGUCAAAGCUGGAGCCAAACACAGAGCCACUAGAGCUUUCUUUUACCAUGCCUCAGGUGCAGGAGCAACCAACCAGCCCUUCAGAUGCAAGUACCAGCCAAAGUUCACCUGAGCCCAGUAGUCCCAAUGACUAUUGCUUUGAUGUGGAUAAUGAUAUGGCUAACGAAUUCAAACUGGAAUUAGUGGAGAAACUCUUUGCGAUAGAUACAGAAGCAAAAAAUCCGUUCUCUACUCAGGAAACUGAUUUAGAUUUGGAGAUGUUGGCUCCUUAUAUCCCAAUGGAUGAUGACUUCCAGUUACGCUCCUUUGAUCAGCUAUCUCCACUGGAAAACGGUUCUUCCAGCUCUCAGAGUGCAGCCACCAUUACCAUAUUUCAGCAGACUCAGACACCAUCAACUACUGCUGAUGAAAUAAAACCAGUGACAGAACGCGUGGACGACGUGAAGACACUAAUUGUUCCUUCAUCUCCUGUCCACGUAAUCAGCGAAACGAGUAGUGCCCCAGCAUCACCAUAUGGUGGCAACAGGAGUCGAACUGCAUCUCCAAUCAGAGCAGGAAAAGGAACACUGGAUCAGACAGAAAAAUCCUGUCCGGGAGCACCCAGUUUGCUAACAGUCACUCUGAAUAAAAGAUCUACUGCAAUGGAUGAAGAACUAAAUCCAAAGAUGCUAGCUUUGCAUAAUGCUCAGAGAAAACGAAAAAUGGAACAUGAUGGUUCACUUUUUCAGGCAGUUGGAAUUGGGUCUUUAUUGCAGCAGACAGGUGAUCGUGGAGCAAAUGCAUCGCUUGCUUGGAAACGUGUAAAGGGAUGCAAAACAAAUGGUCAUAAUGGAGCGGAGCAAAAGACAAUCAUUCUACUAUCAACUGACAUAGCAAGUAAACUUCUAGGGCAGUCGAUGGAUGAGAGUGGACUACCCCAACUCACGAGUUACGACUGUGAAGUAAAUGCUCCCAUACAAGGCAACAGAAACCUGCUACAGGGUGAAGAACUGCUCAGAGCUCUGGAUCAGGUUAACUGAGCUUUCACAAUACUUGUUCCUUUUUUGGACACUGGUGAAUCAUCACCGAAAGCAGUCUAUUUAUAUUUUCUAUAUCUGAUUUUAGAAGCCUGGCUACAGUACUGCACUAAUUCAGUUAGUUCAGUUUUGAUCCCCUUUCUACUUAUUUUGACAGUCUUUUUAAUAUGUUCUUUAUGUAACAAUAACUCAACUUAUAGUGCAUUUUUAUAAUUCUUUGGUACAUACACUUUAAGUCCAUUACAUUUAAAACACACUUGCAAUAGUAGCUUUGAAAUAUGCACCUGAUUCUAAAAAAUAUUUAUUUUUUGGCUGGAGAGUUGGUCACCAAAACUUAUCAGUAGUAAAAUGUCAACACAGGAAAAACUGGCAAUACUUCCAUCCUGCUCUCCAUAAGUAGUUGGAAGACUUGUGCUCUCUUACUUGUUAUGUUCAAAUAAGUUUUUAUUUUAAUAAUUUUAUAAGAAGCAACAAUGCUUGCAGCAGUGCAUUGUAGCCACAAUCGCACAAUAUAUUUUCUUAAAAAAUACCAGCAGUUCCUCAUGCAAUAUAUUCUGUGUUUAUAAAAACUAGUUUUUAAGAAGAAUCUUUUUUUGUUUGCCUAUGAAAUCAUGUUUAAACCUGGAUUAUGUCAUUAUUUUAGUCAUGUUGUAAUAUAAAUUGUUCUUAAAUGCUGUCUUAUGCUUUUGACUUAAAUGAGUGUGAUUAGUCAAAGGGAAAGGCUUUAUCUGGAAAGGGCUAGCAGCAUUUUAUUUGGAUACAUUCUCAAUUUAGAGAGAGAGUUUGAUGUUCUUAAAGUAGUCACUUCGCCAGCUUAAAAAAAAAAAAAUUCCCUGCCCGUAGUUGUUGAAGUUAAUGCUAAUAUUGUGUAUGAUCUUAAAUCUAAAUGUUCAGCUUACCCUGUGUGGUAUAGGUGAUAUUUCAAGCAGAUUGUAAAACAUCAUGCAUUGUUAGCAAAGUUUUAUCUAGUACAUCAUUGAGUUGCUUGAUAUUUUGAUGUUUUGGUUUUAUGCACCUUGUUGCUAUUAACAUCCAUGUUUUCAUGUAGAUUUCAGUAACUUAAAUAUACUUAGAAGCCUUUUUAUUUAGAAAUAUGUAGCUGGCACAAACAUCUUAUUUUCCUAUAAGUACUGUACAAAAACUUUCAUUCGCUCAUUCUUUUGCUCUUUGUGGUUGGAUCUAACACUAACUGUAUUGUUUUCUUACAUCAAUAAACUAUAUGUGGACCAGGCCCCCUGGGGGAGUGUGUUAUCUGAGAGAAAUGAGAUAAUUUAUAUUUUUGUUAGUGGUUAUUGUUCAUCAGUGUUCCCUUUUUAACUUAGAGUUGAUUGGAAAUCAUUGCUUCCUUACUUUUACUUUCACCUUAACAUCUCCAAGUUAAUUAUUUGAGCCUAUUUAGUACUAAAGUCUCCUAGACGGUGUUGUACUACAGCUGGCCAAAGACGUUAGAUUUUUAAACCAGUUACUACACCAGUUAGCAUACUUCAAAUGAGAAGAUAGCGUACUUGUGUUCCUUUAUAGUGGAAAGAUUCUUCCUUAUGAACAGCUUAAAGGCUUGUCUCUGGAAGCACUAUCAAGGUAACAUUGGAAAGCAGGAAAACUAAAAAUUUCCAAGACUGAUCAAUUAAAAAUAGGUGUUUUGGUUUGUUUUUUGUCACAAAAACUGCACGAUGAAAAACAAAGCUGGUACUGAAUGAUAAAAGAAGCUUGUUCUCAACAUCCUUGUGCUGUUGGCUUAGUAACUUUGACUAGGUGACUUUUCUCAUUUGGCUGUCUGAACUCCAUGCUACUGAUACAACCUUGUAAUGUGUAAAUACAGUCUAGAUAUUCUGUGCACUCUUCAAACUAUUUUAAGAAAUAUUUCAGUGCAAGAGAAAUGUGGAGUGUCUUACUACAGGAUUUAAUUUGGCCAUGGUUAAAUUUCUUCCUCAAAUUCAUGUGCUGUAACAACUUAAGACAUUGAUACUUCUUACUUUUUCUAAAAUUUAAGCACUGACAUAUCCAUAUCCAAAAAUGGGAAUUUGUUUCAUUAGACUCCUUUGAGACUUUUGAAAUCAAUAUAAUGUUAUGUAAGUUUAACCUAGUUUUUAAAAUAACCUUUACUGUUCACUGAGAGGAAUGUUUUUCAAAGUGAGACAAUUAAUUAAAUAGACACUAUUAACCGCCCACUAAAAUGCCUUAUUUAAUGGAGGUAAGGCAAGGGUAGCAGAAUUGGUUGUAUACUUCUUACAGUUGGAGUAGUACUCGCAAAAAGAGAGGGGAAGACAUGCAGGUGCACCAAGCUGGAGUUGCAGCUUUGUGCAGAGAAUGUGUUUUGAAUAUACACAGCUGCUACUGAGUAUUAAGACUUGUAAUGCACACCCUUUAAGUGUCCAAAGCUUAUAAAUUUCUCUGGAUGAAAGCAACAGAGCUACUGCAUACCUGCUAUGUGAGGACCUUUGGAUGGCAUGCUUUUCAUGGACUCUUUUUCUCCAUCUUCAGUAGAGGAACUUUUAGUAAUGAAAUUCUUAAAGGCUUGAGGAAAAACACCAGUUGGCAGGGGGAACCCUUUUGUGCUUAACUCUGUGUUGAUUAAGAUGAUGCUUCUGUGAGACAGUGAGCAAAGUGUUGUAGACAUACUAGAGGGAAGACUGAGCUUUUCUUACUCCUCCAGCAAGCUCUUUGGCUGGCCUCUUAUGUUAUCCUUUUCAUCUCAAAAUUGAUAUCCUCCGAUGUGAUAGUAGUUCUGUUACUCUGUGGACUUUAUUUUAGAUGUCCUGGCCUCUCAAAACUGACCUAUUUGGAGCUCUGAGUUCUGCUCUAAGUUUGGCAGGCAGUGAGUUACCUGAGAGAAAAUCCACAUUACAGGAAGUAGGAAAACUUAAGUGACCUGUAUGUAACUUAUGGUUAUCAGCCAGCUGGAAUCAUCUCAGGUUUUAAUGAUAGCAGCCAUGAAUUUAAAUAAGCACUACUUCAUAUAAGGAUCUUCCCAACUCAUAUACAUUUCCUAGUAUAUUAACCAGGCACACCACUUUGAUUACUGUCCUGGUAAAAGCAGCUGAAAAAGUAAUUCUUGGAGUGAGCUGCAGCAGACCUAUGGAUUUUAAUCUCGGGAGGGCGGGGGAUAAAAUUGAAACCUAACUUCUGAAUUGCACACAGAUCCUUCAAGGAUUUCCCCCUCUCCCUGCCCAGGUAAUUCUUAAAAUAAUUAUUAGGACCUGUCAAAUCUGGCCUUAUCCUGGAAGUUAAGGCUACAAUAAAUCCUGGUGGAAAAGAAUAAUUAUUUGGAGUAAAUACUGAAAAAAAUAGUUCCAUAGGUUGCUUAGAGACACUGAAGAAAGUAGGGAAAAGUAACAGUAACAGAGCUUUGCUAAAUGCAAAUGUGAGUCACAAAGUCUAGAAGUACACAUUUUAGGGGGUUUUGGUUGGUUGGUUUGUUUCUUACAAUCUGGGAAUACAUAUGUUGAUGGUAAACCUACUUUGGAGGACAAGCUUCUAGAAUAUGUUCAUUUUUGAAGGCUUUCUUAGUGAUUUUGAAUAAUCUCUUUGCUCACUUGCUACCUCUUAAAGUGUUGAGGUGCUAUGUAACGGAACAUUGAUUUGUUGCCAGUAGUAGAAGAGAAACUGCAGCUGGAUAUAGUGUUCUCUUCUGCAUAUUAAAGAUAGGCUAGAUUAUCAUUGCCACAUAAACUGAAGAGGAUAAAGUCACUUUUCAGAAGGUUAUCACAACUGCAGCAGUAGUCAAGCUAUCUCUUUAUAGCUGCUUAUGUUUUUGUUCCUGCACAGAUUCUAACUGAUUGCGCUUCUAGUUCCUUGCUCAUCAUUGUUCAAGAAUUCAGUUUCUUCCACUAUUUCAGGCCAGAUUGUGAUCUGAAUUUCUGUUAUUCUGCAGGCCCUCACUUAUUCCCUCUGUCUGCUUUGAACAGAUUUACCAACCUGACUGUCAAAUUACUAAGCUGUCUGGCUGCAUUUUGCUAAUAUACUUGCAUGCAAAUGAACAAGCCAUUACACUUUGUUCUUGUACAUAGUGCAGUUAUAGUAUUUAUUUCCUCUGCCUUUAUCCCCCACAUCUGUAAUUAUUUUAUAACCUUGACUUUGAAAAAAAUCAGACUAGUUGCUUAUGUCUUUCUCACCAACACUGAUUAGCUGGUUUUGUUAAAAGCUAAAGGAAUGUAUAUAUAUUUAAGCCAGCACUUACACUAUUCCUUGAGCUGAAAAAAAUCAUAAUUAAAUAGAUGUGUAGCUCCCACAAAGUCAAUUUUAAGUCCACUGUCCAGUGACUUGAUUUUAGGUGUAAUACACAGUAUAAACUAAGGUAGCGUAGAACCUAAAGUGCACAUUUCUACCCCACCAUCCUCCCAUGGUAGGAAGGUAGGCUUGGACUGUAUGUAGAUGUUGAAAAGCUUUUGGGUAAAACUAAAUCACUUUAGUAGUUUCCAUGUCAGUUGUGUCUGUGUGCACACAUCAAACCUUCCCCCAGUAAUAAUGAUUUACUUCAAAGAAUCACAGAUUGAGGCCAGAAGGGACAAUUAAAAUCUUACAGCACUGGUGACCAUUUCAAGACUAAAAACUUGCUUUGAAUGAAUUUAUCCAUUAGGCUUGUAUUGAAAUAAAAUGGUAGGAAUGAAAUUCUGACUAUUACAGGUUAAACUACUGUAUAUUUAAUGGUCAUUUUUCAUUAUUUUAAGAAGUUGUUUAAUUGAAACAGCUGAAGAAUGGUAGCUAAACAAUGCAGAAAUGUGGGCUGCUUCACUAGUAUCUGUUGGCAGGCUUUUCCCAUUGUUCCAUUGCUGAAUGAAUCAGUUCCUUGGAACAGUGCUCUUGAAUGCAGGAAUCAUGAGUAUUCUACCACUAUGAAUCAGUCUAUAGAUGAAUAUGCCUGAGGUCAACCAUCUGUUCCCCCAUGAUCUUUGAUUAGCUGCUACUGAUCAGAACACAAAGUUCAUUCAGAUGUCACUACAUGAUUCAGAUUAUUUGAACUGUAACAGUCUAGCAUGAAAAUGAACAUCUCACAGCUUAAGAUGGCUUUGUAGGAAGGCCAGUAUUUUCAUAGGAAUUUAAAUGAGUUGGGUAUCCAGCUUUCAUUAAAGAUAGCAUUAGCUAUCAGGUACUUGCCUCCCUGGAAAGCUCCAUUCUGGAGGAGAACUGUGAUUUUUUGAUCUAAAUUCUAAAAAUGGGUUGUCAUUUUCCUUCUGCUUUCCUGUUUACCUUGAGCAAGGCUUGCCAAGUUACCAAAAAGUUAGUUUGCUACUGGAUUUAUACAGUAGGGUAAAUUUUGUGAAUAAUAGCAGUAUUCUCUCAUGAAGAAGUGGUAUAUUUUAACGGAAUUCUUUUUGGAACCAAGUACAACGUAUUGCAAUUGAUAUUUCUCUUGAAACAUUUUGACAUAUUUGUGAUUGUAUUUCUUUUUGAUUGUGUAACAAUAUAAAAUUCAAUAAAGAGAGGGUUUGUUUCUAA